UUCCACUCGAUCACGCCCGCAUCAUACUCUGAUCUUCUCGUCCCCCAAAAACAACAACACCUAUCUUCAAAAACCGUGCCAGUACAUCCUCCACCUAUCAAUCACCUCUCCCAUAACAUCCACACACCCUAUCCCAAACUCCCAACUCCUCCAUGUCAGCCCCCACAACAUCUCCCCUCCCCACCUCCAUCUCCACCACGACAACCGCCCCCGACCUCUGGGGCUGGGCCACCACAGACAGCAUCGCCUCCGGCCGCCGCUGCCUCUUCGGCUGCCCGACGACUGACUCCUCCACCGGCACUGCUACCAUUGACGCCGUCUCAACCACAUCAACUCCAACGCCAACAACCGCGGUCCCCAUCGCUUCCCUCACCAUAACAACCGGGCCUCCUCCUGCGUCUACGAACAUGGGUGUGCGGCGGCAACCUGGUCCCUUGGUUGGCGCCGGUCAGAGUGGCAUGGGGGUUUUCGUAGUUGUGUUGCUCCUGCUAUCUUUACUUUUCUUUUGA